AUGUUUUUUUCAUUUAGUGCGAUGGAAGAACUUCACCAACAACAUCGCAAGGAGAAGAAAGCACUCCAAGCAAAAAUCACUGCUCUUAAAAAAAGCGUUCCAAAGGGAGAUCGCAAUCGUCGAAAUCAGGUUACUCAAGAAAUCGCUGUACUGGAAAAAGAGUUAGCAGAUCGCCAUGAAAAAGAAGCUCAAGAAUUAAUUUCUUCUAUUCAAAGCUGCAAUAUUUCAAAUUCAGGAAUAGAUGAACAUUCCACUUCUGCAAUUACUGACAAUGAAUCUGUUCCCCGGUUAUCGAAAGCCGCAAAACGGCGUGAAAAGGCUGCUACAAAGGCUCUCCUCUUAACACAAUCCGUUGAAAAAACUCUUAUCAAAGAAGGCAACUCAAUAUCUUCUAAGGAGUACACUGAACUCGAAAAAAUUCUCUCCGAGCGUGGAUUGACUUUGCAUAGGGUUCCCUCCGAUGGAGACUGUUUAUUCGCCUCCAUCGCCCACCAAAUCGAGGUUCACGGAUUGGUGGAGCGUUUCAAGAAAGCAUGCAGUGAAUUCAACGUCAGAUUCCCUGAUCCACCAGAUGUGAAAUCAAUUGUACGGUGUCUGCGAUUAGUUGCCACAGCCGUCAUACGAAGCAACGCCAACGAUUUCCUACCCUUUAUCUGCGCAGAAUCUGAUAUUGAUAGCGGUUCUACGGAAGAAACACUUGACCUCUACUGUAAAAAAAUGGAGAUAGCAGGGACUUGGGGUGAUCAGCUCGAGAUUCAAGCUCUCUCCACGGCUCUUGAGCAACCGAUUGAAGUGAUCCAGACUACGGGUUCACCAAUUUUGAUAGGCGAAUUGUUCACGCAUUCGCCUCCUCUAGUUAUAACGUAA